AUGGAGCCUCUGCAGCAGUGGACACACUCACCCCUCCACAGACACAUUCACCCCUCCACAGACCCGUCGACCCCUCCACAGACACACCCAACCCUCCUCAGACACACUCACCACUCCAAAGACCCGUCCAUCCCUCCACAGACCCGUCCAUCCCUCCACAGACACACUCAUCCCCCCUCAGACACACUCAUCCCUCCACAGACCCGUCCAUCCCUCCACAGACCCGUCCAUCCCUCCACAGACCCGUCCAUCCCUCCACAGACACGCCCAACCCUCCUCAGACACACUCACCCCUCCACAGACCUGUCCAGCCCUCCACAGACACGCCCAACCCUCCACAGACACGCCCAACCCUCCACAGACCCGUACAACCCUCUACAGACACGCCCAACCCUCUACAGACACGCCCAACCCUCCACAGACACGCCCAACCCUCCACAGACCCGUCCAACCCUCUACAGACACGCCCAACCCUCCACAGACAUGCCCAACCCUCCACAGACCUGUCCACCCCUCCACAGACACGCUGAACCCUCCACAGACAUGUCCACCCCUCCACAGACCCACCCAGCCCUCCACAGACCCGUCCAACCCUCCACAGACACGCCCAACCCUCCAAAGACCCAUUCACCCCUCCACAGACCUGCCCAACCCUCCACAGACACACUCACCACUCCACAGACCCGUCCAGCCCUUCACAGACCCGUCCACCCCUCCUUAGACACACCCAACCCUCCUCAGACACACUCACCCCUCCACAGACCCGUCCACCCCUCCACAGACACACCCAACCCUCCUCAGACACACUCACCCCACCACAGACCCGUCCAGCCCUCCACAGACCCUACCACCCCUCCACAGACACACCCAACCCUCCUCAGACACACUCACCCCUCCACAGACCUGUCCACCCCUCCAUAG